AAAUAAUGAACCCGUGCAUAGGUCCAUUCAGCAGCGUCUGCAAGAUUUUUCUAAUCUAAUCUGGCAUCCCUUCGCUGAAUCCCGCCCAGAAAAGCCUUUCAUUUUUCUGUUUCGCUGCGGUUUCUCCUCUCCUUCGCGCCGGCUGACAACAAACGGCGAUCCGCGUGAACUCGCGAUCUGUCAAACCUCCGCGAUUCUCGCGUUUUCAUCCCCCCACUUUGUUCGCUCGUCUAGUUUUUUUUUUACCUUUUGCUAAACCCCGUCGUCGUGUGGAGAAGAAAAAGAGUGCUCCGUCAACGCGUUUUGUGCAUCAGCAAAGCAAGGCUGAGAAAAGGCUAAAACUUUCACGGGCUCACAGCAGAAAAUCGCCGUCACAGGAAGUGUCCAUUUUCGGUCGGUGGUGGUGGAAAAAGUGGUUCGAACAGUGCGUGGAAAAUGGAGUGGACUUUUGCAAACGUUUAGGCAGAAGCAGAAGAAGCAGCAUAACCUUCCGUCGACGACGGAUCUGUCAAAAGCAGCAGGAGUAGGAGGAGGAGAAGCGGAACUUUUUUUUACGGAAGGCACCGAUGCGAAGGAGGAAAGGCGGGAAGGAUGAGUGCUGAGGAGUUUAUUUAUAGCGUGAUCAACAGUGAUAACGUAGCCCAGCUGGAUCUGAACGUAAUCGCCAACACGCUGGCCAGUGCGGAUUCGCUGAUCCAGCGGAUCAAGGCCCAGCAGGUGGAGAACGAGGGCCUGAAGGAGAAGAUCAGCUCGCUGCGGAGUUCCGCCCUGCAAAUCAAGCAGCUGUACGAGGCGGAAGUGGGCAAGAAUCAGGGCAUCGUCCAACGGGGGGAGGAUUAUGUAAGGAAGGUGCAGGAACUGGAGGGACGGGUUGCCGCGGCCGAGAAUGCCAGGGUCAAUGCCGAACUGCAGGGCAAGGAAACGGUGGCUGAGCUGGAGAGGAAGGCCGAACACUGGAUGGGAAGGUACGACGGGUUGGCCAUGGAUAUGGUGCGGAAUUGCUGUCUGCUGGCGGACAACGGAUUACUUCCGGCGGAACAGCUGGGGAAGUACCGGGAUUGGAAGUGCCAUGUGCAAGGGAUGGUCCAAGACGGGAAGGAAGUCCCCGAGGAUGUACUGAACUGCUUGAGCAAGAAACGAUCCUCGUCGUCCUUGGCGCGGAAGAAGCGCAAAUCGGAGGCGGAAUGCCGGGAUCAAGGGACGAUGACUGCUGGCCCCUCGUACUGUUCCAUUGGGGUCAAUGCCGUGGAAGAGAAACCUCGCUCAGCCGAUUCUUCAACGAGUACGGAAGGUUUGGAACCGGCUAAAACGCAAUACUCGAUCACGGAUGAUGUCUUCCCGGUAGAACCUCAGCCUAAGAAAGUCUUCGCCGACAAGAGCACGAUGUAUUCCAGUUCCACGGUGACCCGUUCCACCUGCACUUCGGCCUUCAUCAAGCGAGUAGACGUGGGGGUAAACUUCCCCGAAGUGGUUCCCAAGUCCAUUAGCGAAAUCCUCCGCGAGUGCGUCAUCGAGCUUCCCUCGCUGCUAUCUCCCAUCCUGGACGAGAUUCCGAUCCGGAAAGAAUCAGCCUCCACCCAAACGGAUUCCGCGGACAAACCUCCCCUCGUCACAACCGGUACCAACACCACCUUGCGCAACAUUCGUCGGAAGGUGGACUACGUGCGGAAAGCGGACGGUCUCCUCGUUAACAACCUCCUGUCCUUCAUCAAGAAAGAGGAAAGCAUUUCCCCUGUGGGUUCCCUCCAGAACCUCCCCGCAGCCGUUUUCCAAAGCGACCCAUCCGAUGUCAAUCCCCAGCUGACGCACAUUUGGGGCUUACUGGGGAGACCAUGUUCCGCCUGUUGGGUACCGGACGGAUGUUCGACAGCCAGUGCUACAGCAUCAUCAACGAGCGGAUAGCCAUGAUCAACAGUCUGAUCGAGUCGGAGAGUCGCCGAGGAACGGCCAUGAUGAGUGAGGUGUUUGCGGCGGCGGCUACGAUGGCGUCGGAUAAAGCGGGUGAAGUUGGCGGAAGAAGCGUGCUGUUGUUGGGGGGAACCGGUGGUCAGUCGGGGGAAGAGCAUGGACGAGUACGAGGAGGAUGCCGUGGGAAUGCAUGAGGAGGAAGACUCUAACGGGCCGUGGGAAAGUCAACCACCGCUGCCCGAUGAAGAGGUGGAGCCACAGGAAGAUGAUGUAGUCAGGGAUGAAGAAACUCAGACGGAAGUGAUACCAUCCGGCAGUCAAAUUAGUGUGGCCGUGGUCGAAGGUGCGAUGAAUACGGAGGAAUCUUCAGCGAUGGCUGCUGCAGCAGGUGAGUGACUCAAAACCACUUUCAAUCUAAAGACUAAUAGCA